AUGGCUACUUGUACCAAAUUGUUUGCUGCUGCUGUACCCAUUGUCAUCUUCUUUGCCAACUUGCAAACUGUAACCAACGAGCCUGCAAUUUCAGCUUCUCCAGCUGUUUUGCCAUAUGUCAAUGCACCCAACAUGUCUUCCUUUUUCCCUUCUCAAGCUCCCCCGCAGUGGCCUACAAGUUCAGCAGUUCCAACAGGUUCAGAAGCAUUUGCACCCAUACCGAGCUCGGGGGAGUUUGUGGGGAAGAGCUCCUGCAGUUCAGCUAAGUCUGAUGGUGCCAUUGUUAUUCUUCUGCAACUCUUCAUCCUGUUUGUAAUGAGAUCAGUCUCUACCGUUUAA